CGUCACUAUGGUUACAGAAAACAGACAUGGCAGUAGACUACUUCUGAAUGUUUUGCUUUCGCGACGGUGAGGCACGCUGAUCCGCAUACUUUAUAGUCAAACAAACAGGGCUGCGCUUUCGUCUUGCAACGCUGCACAGAGGAAGACAUGAACGAGUCAUCCAGUUUAUCAAACUCUAGUUUCUACCUACUCUUCAUGAGAUGCUCAGCUCAAACAGAGUUUUCAGUGAGACCCCAGCUCUGUCGAGGGCUCAGCAGAUGUUAUUUGGAGGAGCACGUGUUUCCUGUGCUGCUGCCCGGACUGGAGGCUUUGCUUGCAGAAGCACAGAAGCACCAGUGCUUUGAGAGGAAAAAGACGGCAUUUAAUGGCUGUGACUUCCUCACUGAAUGGCUAUACAAUAAAAACCCUCAAUGGACAGAACGAAUACCUACGCAUUUUCAUAAAAUUCCUUUUGUCCAGGACUGGUUUCUUAAACACCCUAGGAAGCACCUUCCGGUUUCUCUACUUUUAACAGACGAGCAAGCUGCAGUUUUGAUCCAGGCAUUCUGGAGGGGAUAUAAGGUGCGUGUGCGUCCAGAUGUGCAAGAGUUGAGGCAGUGGCAGAGGGAACUGCAGGAAGAAAAUUGUGACAUCAACAAAACAGUUCAAGACUUUUGGGCACGCCAGGAGAACAGAGUUUGGUCAGAGCUGGUUGAGCUUGAUGGCGAUGCUGAGCAGCAUGUGGUGGCUGGUGUGUCCAUUGAGGUGGUCCCUCCCACACCCCAGAGCAGGGUCCUGUAUACACCGGCUCCUCAGAGCACCGCAGAGGGAAAAGAGCUGCUCACAUCGAGCCUCUCGUCCCAGCGCAGCACCACUCUACAUCACGUGAAUGCGUCUGUGAAUCCCACGCACAGUAUAAGUGCAGAGUGAAGGAGAGAACUCACUGUCAUUGCUCUAUUCGUUAUUAACAUUAUUUUGCAUUAGAUCAGGUCUGUCCGAUCCUGCUUCUGGAGGGCCACUUUCCAGCACCGAUUAAACACACCUGAACCAG